CCACUCCCAGAAUGCAACGCUCUUCCUCUCCUCCUGGCCGCCGGAGGGCCACGGAGACUACAGUUCCCAGCAUGCAGCGCCGCCCCCAGUUUCUGGUGGCCCGCAGGACCCUGCUUCGGAGAGACCUUUUAGGUUCCAGAGAGCGGGUCCUGAGGUCCCAACUCUCUUUAGGGGACGUGUCUGCGGGGCGGUACUGGCAUGUUCGGCCAGUCCAGACGAAGACGCUAAGGGAUCGGCUGGGGCCUGGGCCGUACUUCGCUCAGGCAGCGUUUGGGGCAGCCCCAACGAGGUCCUUCUGGGGCCUUCCCGCCUUUGAACGGCGGUGGCGGGCGGGCCGGCAGCCUGCUGCACCGCUCAGAGUAGGGGCCGCCAUCACCAUGGCCACCGCUGCGAGUCGGCCCAGCGCGGGCGGGUCGCGGGACAUUCUGUGGCGCGUUUUGGGCUGGAGGAUAAUUUCAAGUAUUGUUUGGUCAGUGCUGCUUCUACCCAUCUGUACUACAGUAUUUAUAAUCUUCAGCAGCAUUGAUUUAUUUCAUCCUAUACAGUGGCUGUCAAAUUCUUUCAACGACUUAUAUAGUUCCUAUGUAAUCUUUUACCUCCUGCUGCUGUCAGUGGUAAUAGUAAUAAUAAGUAUUUUCAAUGUGGAAUUCUAUGCAGUUGUGCCUUCUAUUCCCUGCUCCAGACUGGCACUGAUAGGGAAGAUUAUUCAUCCUCAGCAGCUCAUGCACUCAUUUAUUCAUGCUGCAAUGGGAAUGAUGAUGGCUUGGUGUGCUGCAGUGAUAACCAAGGGCCGAUACAGUUUUCUCGUGGUACCUUGCACUGGUACUGAGAGUUUAGAUAACCCUGCUGCACCAACCUGCUUAAAUGAAUACCACCUUUUCUUCUUAUUGGCCGGAGCAUUUAUGGGCUAUAGCUAUAGUCUGCUGUAUUUUAUUAACAACAUGAACUAUCUUCCAUUUCCCAUCAUACAGCAGUACAAGUUCUUACGCUUUAGAAGAUCUCUGUUCUUACUAGUUAAACAUAGUUGUGUGGAAUCACUGUUCCUGGUUAGAAAUUUCUGCAUUGUAUAUUAUUUCCUUGGCCAUAUUCCUAAAGCUUGGAUUAGCACUGCCAUGGACCUUCAGAUAGAUGAGCAGUUUCAUAGACCCCUUGACACUGUGAGUGGCCUCUUGAAUCUCUCCUUACUCUACCAUAUUUGGCUGUGCGGUGUCUUUCUCCUGAUGACGUGGUACAUCUCAUGGAUACUCUUCAAAAUCUUUGCCACGGAGGCUCAUCUAUUCCCUGUUCAGCCACCAUUUGCAGAAGAGUCAGAUGAAUGUCUCCCUAAAGUUUUAAACAGCAAUCCUCCCCUCAUCAUAAAGUAUUUGGCCUUGCAGGACCUGAUGUUGCUUUCUCAAUAUUCUCCUUCAAGAAGGCAGGAAGUUUUUAGCCUUAGCCAACCAGGUGGACAUCCCCACAACUGGACUGCAAUUUCAAGGGAAUGUUUGAAUCUAUUAAAUGAUAUGACUCAGAAACUGGUUCUCUACCAAGAAACUGCUGCUACAAAUGGGAGAGUAAUGUCUUCAUCAUGUCCAGUAGAAACAAAGAAAUUAAAUUCUCCAGAAGAAACUGCUUUUCAGACCCCAAAAUCUAACCAGAUGCCUCGGCCUUCAGUGCCAUCAUUAGUUAAAACAUCGCUGUUUUCCUCAAAAUUAUCUACACCUGAUGUUGCAAGUCCCCUGGGAACUUCUUUUGGCUCUAGUGUAGUGAAUCGGAUGGCUGGAAUUUUUGAUGUAAACACCUGCUAUGGGUCACCUCAGAGUCCUCAGCUAGUAAGAAGAGGGCCAAGAUUAUGGACUUCUGUCUCUGAUCAGCAAGUGACUGAAUUUUCUAAUCCUCCAUUUACUACUAUUAGUGCUGAGGGUAAGACAGUGAAACAGCCAAGUGUGAUUUAUUCUUGGAUUCAGAAUAAACGUGAACAGAUUAAAAAUUUCUUGUCAAAACGUGUGCUGAUAAUGUAUUUUUUCAGUAAGCACCCAGAGGCAUCAAUUCAGGCUGUUUUUUCAGAUGCCCAAAUGCAUAUUUGGGCUUUAGAAGGUCUCUCUCACUUAGUAGCGGCAUCAUUUACAGAAGAUAGAUUUGGAGUUGUCCAGACUACAUUACCAGCCAUUCUUAACACUUUAUUGACGCUGCAAGAGGCAGUUGACAAGUAUUUCAAACUUCCUCAUGCUUCCAGUAAACCACCACGGAUUUCAGGAAGCCUUGUUGAUACUUCUUAUAAAACAUUAAGAUUUGCAUUUAGAGCAUCAUUAAAAACUGCCAUUUAUCGAAUAACUACUACAUUUGGUGAACAUCUGAAUGCUGUGCAAGCAUCUGCAGAACAUCAGAAAAGACUUCAACAGUUCUUGGAGUUCAAAGAAUAGUUAAGUAAUAUAAACUGUGUUCAUUACACUGCUGAUACAACUACAGAUGGGACAGUAAAUGUUCAGCAUUCUUGGAUCAGAAGAAAAUGGACUAAUUAGAUGCUUCCUUUGUCGUGGUGGUUGCUUUGAAAACUAUACUUUAAUGGGAGAAAUCAUGGAAAAUUCUCAAUAGAAUAACCGAAAACUGCCUUUUCUGUACUGGUUGCUUUUUUUGUGUGUGGUAUAAUAAAAUCUCUAUUCAGUUUUACAGAA